AUCAUGCCCGAUAGACGCUGGUUUGUGUUCGAGUCUUCUUGUACAAUGCAUGUUGUAGCAUGAACAAAGUGGGAUUUGUGGUGACAAUUUGUGCUCAUUUUUUGAUCCAACAUGCUAAUGGAGCUAUGACUAUGAAACAGUUAACGAACUCGAUGGACAUGAUGCGUUCAGCAUGUGCUCCCAAAUUCAAAAUUGAAGAAGCGGAGCUACACGGUUUAAGAAAAUCCGUUUUUCCUGCCGAUCCAGACAAAGAGCUCAAGUGCUACACGAUGUGCAUAGCACAGAUGGCAGGAACUAUGACCAAGAAAGGCGAAAUCAGCUUUUCCAAAACGAUGGCCCAAAUUGAAGCUAUGCUCCCGCCAGAGCUGAAAACUAUGGCAAAGGAGGCAUUAAGCCAUUGCAAGGACACACAAUCUUCGUACAAGGAUCCAUGCGAUAAGACAUACUUUUCCGCAAAAUGUGCUGCUGACUUUAGCCCCGACACAUUUAUGUUCCCAUGAAGCGAACGUCAAGGAAA